UGUAAGGCCGAGCACCAAUUUUUGCACAAACGCCUCUUCUUACGCCGUAUUUGCUUUCUUUCCCACUCGCACUUGCAUUACACGCCGCUCUUACAGCCCGCAACGAUGCUCCGUCUCGUCGCCGCCUCCUCCGCCCCCAGGGCUGCCCUCAGGCUCGGCGCCCUCGUCUCCGCCUCCCAACACCAGCAGCCUCGUUUCUUCUCCGCCGCUUCCUCCCUUCUCCAAAAGUACCGCACGGAAAAGGAUACGAUGGGAGAGCUCCAAGUGCCCGCAGACAAGUACUGGGGCGCUCAGACUCAGCGGUCCCUAAUGAACUUUGAUAUUGGGGGGGAAACUGAGAGGAUGCCUUAUCCCGUGAUCAAGGCGUUCGCUAUUGUGAAAAAGGCGGCGGCGAAAGUGAAUGCUGAGACUCAUCUCGAUAAGACGGUGGCUGAGGCGAUCAUCAAGGCCGCUGAUGAGGUAAUUGCAGGACAACACAAGGAACACUUCCCGCUGGUUGUCUGGCAGACGGGCAGCGGCACACAGACCAACAUGAACGUGAACGAAGUCUUGUCCAACCGCGCGAUCGAGAUCCUCGGCGGUGAACUGGGCAGCAAGAAACCCGUUCACCCAAACGACCACGUCAACAAUGGCCAGUCCAGUAACGACACCUUCCCAACCGCAAUGCACGUCGCCGCCGCCAUCGAAACCCAUGAACGUCUUCUCCCCGGCCUACAAAAGCUCGAAAAAGCGCUCCAAGCAAAGGUCGCCGAGUUCGCCGGCAUCGUCAAGAUCGGGCGCACCCACUUGCAGGACGCGACACCCCUAACCCUUGGCCAGGAGUUUUCCGGCUACGCCCAGCAGGUCACUUAUGCGAUUGAGAGGGUUAAGGAUACGCUGCCGAGGCUGUAUAACCUUGCGCAGGGUGGGACGGCUGUUGGGACAGGGUUGAAUGCGAAGAAGGGGUUUGCGGAGAAGGUUGCGGCGCAGAUUGCGCAGGAUACGGGAAUCCCUUUCCGGACUGCUCCCAACAAGUUUGAAGCCCUGGCCGCUCACGAUGCGAUCGUAGAAGCCAGUGGCGCCCUCAACACCGUCGCGGUCUCCCUCAACAAGAUCGCCAACGAUAUCCGCCUCCUCGGGUCAGGGCCCCGCUGCGGAUUGGGUGAACUUCGUCUGCCCGAGAACGAGCCUGGUUCUUCCAUCAUGCCUGGGAAGGUCAACCCAACGCAAUGCGAAGCCAUGACGAUGGUGUGCGCCCAAGUGAUUGGAAACCACACCGCCAUUUCCGUCUCAGGUCUUCAAGGUCACUUUGAGCUGAACGUCUUCAAACCCGUCCUGAUUCGCAACCUCCUCCACUCCAUCCGUCUCCUCGCCGACGCCUCCACUUCCUUCACCGACAAAUGCAUCAUCGGCAUCCAGGCCAACACCGACCGCAUCCACUCCCUCCUGCACGAAUCCCUCAUGCUUGUCACGGCGCUCAACCCCUAUAUUGGGUAUGAUAAUGCGGCAAAGGCGGCAAAGAAGGCCCAUAAGGAGGGGACGACGUUGAAGGAGGCCACCGUGAGUUUGGGGCUUUUGACACCGGAGGAGUUUGAGAAGUAUGUGAGGCCUGAGACGAUGAUUGGGCCCAAGUAGAGGGUGAGGAGGGAUAUAGAUGGGAGUUGUUGUGUUAUUAGAAUGGUACUAGACAUAACAACGCUCAACUGUUUGAGCUUUGCGUGAUUUCCCUUUUUUUUCUCGUUCUAGCUCUUUCUAGUCCCUACGCGUUAGUUUCUGCAUGUGGAGCAUAUUAAUAUCCUCGAUGAAUCCGUUGACGGUCGCUUUCCGCGAGUUGAGAUCUGUUCC